AAGAAGCUGCGGGCACUGAUUCUCGGGCGAGCUCUUGUCAUCGAAGGACCAGCCUCCUGGCGGCGUUGCCGUGGAAACGGAGCUGGCUGUGUAGAUGUGGCAAGUCGCCGAGGCAUCCAGGCUUUGCUUUAAGUAUCUGCGGCAGGGGCUCACAAGACCGACGCCAAGAUGAUGCUUUCAAGGGCCAAACCCGCUGUGGGCGGGGAAUCACCACACACUGACAAAAGAAAGAAGAAAGGGAGGAAGAUUCCAAAACUAGAGGACCUACUUUCGCAAAGAGAUUUCACUGGCGCCAUCACCCUAUUGGAGUUCAAACGUCAUGUCGGGGAGCAAGAAGACGACACUAAUUUGUGGAUUGGAUACUGUGCUUUUCACCUGGGAGACUACAAGAGAGCUUUGGAGGAAUAUGAAAAUGCCACGAAGGAGGAAAAUUGCAACCCAGAAGUGUGGGUAAACUUGGCCUGCACCUACUUCUUUCUUGGGAUGUAUAAACAAGCAGAAACUGCUGGGUUUAAAGCUCCCAAAAGCCGGCUCCAGAACCGCCUGCUCUUCCAUCUGGCUCACAAGUUUAAUGAUGAGAAGAAAUUGAUGAACUUUCAUCAGAAUCUUCAGGAUAUCAAAGAAGAUCAGCUUAGCUUGGCCUCAAUCCACUACAUGCGAUCUCAUUACCAAGAAGCUAUUGACAUAUACAAGCGGAUACUGCUGGAUAACAGGGAGUACCUGGCCCUCAAUGUCUAUGUGGCCCUCUGCUACUACAAAUUGGAUUACUAUGAUGUGUCCCAAGAAGUCCUGGCUGUUUACCUCCAGCAAAUCCCUGACAGUACCAUCGCACUCAACCUUAAGGCUUGCAAUCACUUUCGCCUUUACAACGGCAAAGCAGCUGAGGCAGAACUCAAAAGCUUGAUGGACAAUGCUUCUUCACCCUUUGAAUUUGCUAAAGAACUCAUCAGGCACAAUCUGGUUGUUUUCCGAGGAGGCGAGGGGGCUUUGCAGGUGUUACCUCCUCUGGUUGACGUCAUCCCUGAAGCGAGGCUAAACCUAGUGAUUUACUAUCUUCGCCAAGAUGAUGUACAGGAAGCUUACAACUUAAUCAAGGACCUGGAACCGACUACUCCACAGGAGUAUAUUCUCAAGGGAGUUGUUAAUGCAGCCCUGGGCCAGGAAAUGGGUUCGAGGGAUCAUAUGAAAAUCGCCCAGCAGUUUUUCCAGUUAGUAGGAGGAUCGGCUAGUGAGUGUGAUACAAUACCAGGGAGGCAGUGCAUGGCUUCGUGUUUCUUCCUGCUUAAGCAAUUUGAUGAUGUCUUGAUUUACCUCAACUCUUUUAAGAGUUACUUCUACAAUGAUGACAUCUUUAACUUUAAUUAUGCCCAAGCCAAAGCUGCAACCGGUAACACCAGUGAGGGCGAAGAGGUUUUCCUCCUGAUCCAAAGCGAGAAGUUGAAAAAUGAUUACAUUUACCUCAGUUGGUUAGCUCGCUGCUAUAUCAUGAAUAAAAAACCAAGACUAGCUUGGGAACUUUAUCUCAAGAUGGAAACCUCUGGCGAGUCCUUCAGCCUCUUACAGCUCAUUGCCAACGACUGUUACAAGAUGGGCCAGUUCUACUAUUCAGCCAAAGCUUUUGAUGUCCUAGAGAGGCUGGAUCCCAACCCUGAAUACUGGGAAGGCAAAAGGGGCGCCUGUGUCGGCAUUUUCCAGAUGAUUUUAGCCGGGAGAGAGCCCAAAGAGACCCUCCGAGAAGUGCUGCACUUACUGAGAAGCACAGGAAACACCCAAGUGGAGUAUAUCAUCAGGAUUAUGAAGAAGUGGGCCAAGGAGAACAGAGUGCCUAUCUAAAGAGCCCAGCCCUGGGCCAGGGACCAGCGACCAGCUUCCUCUCACAUCAAAUUGGAACUAUUCUCCUGCACUUGAACAUGGGAUCCAAGACCCUGUUUGAUUGACAUUUCCUUCCUCACUCUUAGCACGUCAAGAUGAGUGGCUGGAAUGUGUAGACUUAGCCAUCGGGAAGCACAGAUCUCCCUGGUCUGUACUGACACCCCAUGUAAUCUACUGGAGAAAGGACUUUGGACUUCCCCGUGCCUUUCUUCCAAAAUCACUCAGAAUACUCUUAUAUAAUUCACUGGCUUUUAAGAGUAGAUUAUAGUUUUGUUUUUCUUUCUCUGUUAGCAUUUCAGGACAUUUUCUCCUAGCUGCAGUGACAAGUACUUUUAUACUAAGGAAUGACUAUCAUUUGAUCAUCUUCCAUCAUCUUGUUCAUUAGCCCAUCCGUGAAGAAUACCUCUGAGUCCUGGGAAGAAGUCUUCCCCAGUGUGUGAUUCUGAGGAUGGCCGUGAGACCCUCUACCAACUGUGCAGUCAUUAGCAGAGAGUAGGCUCAGAGGCUCACUCUCUCAGUAAGUCAACGCUGCUCCUGGCUUGUUGCAGUGAGACAAGUUGAAUGCUGUAGGGUUUUUAAAGAUGAGGGAAAGGAAAAAUAUGGUGUCUCUGAAGGUGCACCGAUCUCAGAGUCUCCACUACCUUGUAUUUUAGGAGACAAGGCCAGGGCAAACUUCUUCGUAUAUCAGCUGAAUGAACAGCAAUCUGAACAUAGGGCUGUGAAGGUUUUCAUGCAACAUAUGUACAUUUUUGUUUAGUUUUGGUUUUUUGAAACAGGGUUUUCUGUGGACCAGGAUGGCCUCGAACUUGGAGAACCACCUGUCUCUUCCUCCCAAGCGCUGGGAUUAAAGGUGUGCACCACCACCACCUGUCAUAUUAUAUUACAUUACACCAUGCACGCAUUAUAGGGAUUCAUUGAUAGUUAUAAAUGAGGGUCCUUGGAAGGGACCUCCUAAUGGCUAGCCUCUCCGUUAUAUCUCAGCCUCCUGUCUCUGAGCUGAGAUACAUAAACCUCCUUCUACAACCAAGUAUUCUCAGACUUACAUCCCACUUUCAGAAAACAGACAUCUUUUUCUAUAUCCGAUUACCUUUGUUUCUAUGCUCUCUAAUUUUCUUCUGUAAGUUUGAGGUACACAGUGUCACCAGCCAGAACACGCAGACCCAUCCUCAUAGAGCAGAGAGUGGACUGGGAAGGAUGUGGAAGAGUUCCUGGAAGCACUGCUAGUUCUUCCUCCUGCCCCCGCCUCCCGCUGCAGGUGGCAUGGUGCUGAGCAGAAAGGAGAGGGAAGCCGGUCCAGAGUGAGAGCAGCCAGAGCAAUGGGGCAGCAGCUGGACACAGCCUCCACAUCUGGCCAGCCCCCAGGUGCUCUUCAGGUCUGUUCAGAAGGUGGCCAGUGUGCCAUCCUUGACAUUAGGCUCAGAUCUGAUGGGUCCAGAGCACAAAUCACAGUACUGGUCUAACAGAACUCCAGGAAACAGAGUCACAUCAUCUCCCUACGCCAACGCUCCAUCUUCUGGUUCUGUUGUUCCUGCUUCUUCAGUCACAGCUGAUUCUCACCGUCAAGGAUGUUAGGUGGGUCAGAUAUGGCUGUGAAGAGUUCUCUGAAGCAUUCUUGUCAAACUUCCCUUACUCUAAAGGAACAGGGUAGUGGGAGGGCAGGAGCAAGUCCUGGCAGCUGUGGGCAUCUUCCAGUGGGGUGCCGCUCAGUUCUAGGUCUUCAUUCCCGGAAGACAGCCAUUCGUGCUGAUGUACUUCCCAGGGAGGUUUUCAGAGUUUACUACUCAGUAGUCUGACAUCUUCCUGUCUUGAGGGAAGGAUGUCUAUUCCCCCAACAGCAGAGUUUUAGAUUACUUUUUAAAGUUUUUAAUCUACAGGAUUGAGAUGGAAACAUGAAGGCUACUUAAAGUGAAGCACAUGCAAUUCUGUUAGGAGGGUAAUUGUUUCUGGUUGUCUUGACAGGGUUUCAGGCUUUCUCACAGAGGACAGCCCAGAGGAAAAAGGCUCCAGGAUGGGGAAUGGGAAAUGUGUACAGUCUAUAGCAUCAAUGUACUAUUUAAAAUCUGUAAUGUAUACUUAGAAAUGGGAAAAAAAACUUUUACAAUUAUUUUUGUACUGUAAAAGAAUUAUAUAGCACUGUACUAUAUUUAAAUUAAAUUUUAUUUUUUGGUUCUUUU